AUGAAGUUGCUUUUGAUUGUGUGCUGCCUUUUUACUUUCACGAACUGUUUGGUCUUCAUCAAAAUUUUGAAGCAUAAGGAUUAUCCCGGUCAGUGCUAUCCCGUGCACUAUCGCGUGGGUAAGAAAAUGAAAUACGAUUUGUUUGCUCUGUUCCCAGGCGAGUCCAAACGCGACGACAAUGUCUGCGGCAUGACUGUCUGCAUGAAUGCGGACGGCCUGACCUAUGUCUACCACUGUCCGCAGACGAUUCCAUCAAGCGAGUGCCAGGAACCGGACAUGCUGAAUACGCGCAUACCAUUUCCUCAAUGCUGCUGGCAGUGCUCGCUCAGCCGCAUUUGCUCCAAGUUGGAAAUAUUUCCACAAUUCCCCUAUCCACCAACGACGAAAAAACCCAAAAAUGGCACCUUAGGAAUCGCACGUGCUGCCGAUGAGAAAAGAGACGAAGCAACAGGAAGCGACCCUAUAUUGACUGCAGCUCCUUAA